AUGAGUCAUCCUCCCCCAGAGAGAUUUAGUAAGGAAACCGUGGAAGAUAUAAACCAAGAGGCUGUGCCGCGGAAACUUAUAAAGUACACAUUGGAUGAGUUGAAAAGUGCGACCAAAAACUUCAGACCAGACACGGUCUUAGGUGAAGGUGGUUUUGGACGUGUUUUCAAAGGGUGGAUUGAUAAGAACACGUUCAAGCCUUCAAGAGUCGGCGUUGGAAUUCCCGUUGCGGUGAAGAAAUCCAACCCCGAUAGCCUUCAGGGUCUGCAAGAAUGGAAGAGUGAAGUGCAACUUUUGGGGGAGCUCUCUCAUCCAAACCUAGUUAAACUAAUUGGCUACUGCUGGGAGGAAAAUCAAUUCCUGCUGGUAUAUGAAUACAUGCAAAAGGGAAGCCUUGAAAGCCACCUAUUCAGAAAAGGUCCAGAGCCACUUUCAUGGGAUAUAAGGCUGAAGAUAGCCAUAGGAGCUGCCAGAGGCCUAGAUUUCUUGCAUACAUCAAACAAGUCUGUCAUCUACAGAGACUUCAAGUCCUCCAACAUUUUGCUUGACGGGGAUUUCAAUGCGAAGUUAUCAGAUUUUGGGUUGGCAAAGCUUGGCCCGGUCAAUGGUAAAUCCCAUGUAACCACGCGGAUCAUGGGCACCUAUGGUUAUGCAGCACCUGAAUACAUGGCCACAGGGCACCUGUAUCUCAAAAGCGAUGUGUACGGAUUCGGCGUCGUUCUGCUAGAAAUGCUAACGGGAAGAGCAGCUCUGGACACAACCCGGCCCACGGAUCAGCAGAAUUUGGUGCUUUCCACUAUCUCAUCUCUGCAUGACAAAAAGAGGCUCAAAAAGAUAAUGGACCCAAAGAUGGACGACCAAUAUUCUCUAAGGGCUGCAUUUAGCAUAGCCCAAGUUAUCCUCAAAUGUUUACAAAAUGACCACAAAAAACGACCCUCCAUGGAGGAGGUUCUGGGAACCUUAGAAAAAGCCCAAAACAUCAAGUACAAACCCAAAGGGAAGAAACCCAGUGCCAUUGGCCAAACAUCAGAGGAGCAUCUGCAUCACCCAAAUAACCCACCACCGCUUCACUACUACUACAACAACAACAACAACAACAACAACAACAACAACAACGGUUACCCCAAAUCACGACCAUCUCAUUCUCCUUCUUCACAUUAG